AUGAGCCAGUUCGGAGCGGUGCAGCCAAGAGUAGAGGUGGAUCGAGCGUUGCCGUCGCCGUCGCACGAGCAUCAGCGGCGGAAGGCUCAUCUUCACCCUCCACGCCAGCAGUCGCAGCCGCUUGUCUCGCAGCAAGGGUCGUCGGGGCUGUCAGAUCAGAACGGGCAUUUACGAGCCGACCCGCAAAUGCCUCCCUCCCAACCACAGGCCCCACAGCAAGCAUCAGGCUUACGGUCCGACCCUGUAGUGGCCCAGCUAACCCCUGUGGCCUCACCGCUCGUGUCGCAGCAGUUGGUAUCGGGAGCAGAUCUAGCGCGUCGGCAGCAGCUGGCGCUGCUAUCGCAUCAGCUAUUGGCGUCGGGGCUGGCCAACGGUCGUUUGACUGUCAACCACGCUUGGCCGUGCCACGCUCGUUCAGCGACUCAAGCGUCUCAGACGACUCACACGACUCAGAUUACGCAGACGAAUCAAACGACUAACGCGUCUCAGUCGAUUCACGCGACUCAGACGACUCAGGCAGGCGCCACAGGGAUGGCUGACAGCAGUCGAUUAGAUCCCUGCGGGCCGUCGGGGCUGAAGCCCUCGCUUGUGGCGGAAGCAAUUCCUUCGGCCGCGAGGCAGGGGGCAGGGUUGGCAGCGGAGGGGCCGUUGCUGGAUGGGAAAACCACUCUUUUUCUUCCCUCCGGCCGUCAGUCGCCCUCCCCUCUACUGCUCCCGCCAUCCCCCAUGCUGCGGCAGCAGCAAGCAAACAAGGCGGGCCCGUCCGCGGGCAAGAAGCGCCGCCACCUUGUGGACGAGCCGCCGGGGCUGUGGCUGGGUGACGAGUGCGACGCUGCCACGUGUACGUCGGACCGGUCGGGCAGCCCGUGUGGCGUGUGCGCGGCGAGCGUGCUGGUGGUGCAGGGUGACCGCGGUUGGCGCGAGGGCGGGGCCGCCGUGGAGGCGCGGGUGGUGGGCGACGAGGAGGGCGGGGGGGCGAGCGCGCACGUGCUCGCCGUGCUGCUGCGCGGCCACGCGCGCUUCUCGUACCGCCCGGAGCAGGCGGGGGCGACGGGCAGCAGCAACCGCGUGACGGGCGCAAUCAUGUGGCGCCCUCCCCCCGACGCGGACGCGGGCAGCAGCGCCGCCUCGUGGGCGCUGGAGUUCGCGGAGAGGAAGGAGUGGCGAAGGUUCCAGCAGCUGCACGACUCAUGCGCCCAGCGCAACAGCCGCGCCGUGUCGGCGCGCCGCAUCCCCAUCCCCGGCGUGCGCGUCGUGCCCUGGCGCUGGCGCCUGCGCGGCUCCUCCUCCGCGUGCGCGGCCAGCAGCAGCGCCAGCAGCGACAGCGUGGCGGGGCCAGUGGAGGGCGCGGAGGCGGGUGAGGGGGGGCGCGAGGCGUUCGCCCCCCCGGCGGGGUACAUCCGCGGAGUGGACGAGGCGGAGCGCGUGCGGCCCGGCAGCCGCCACGUGGUCUAUGACCUCGACUCCGACGACGAGCGCUUCCUCUCCGCGCUCCCCCGCACCCUCCGCCGCGCAGGGUUGGAGGGGCAGGCAGGGGGGGAAGGGCAGGCAGGCGGGGAAGGGCAGGCCAGGGGAGAGGGGAGAGAGGCGUGUGAUGGCAGAGGGAGUGAUGGCGAAAUGGCGGGGAGUAUGGUGGCGGUGAGCGAGUGGCAGGUGGCGGUGAGCGAGAGGCAGGUGGAGAGGGUAAUGGACCGGCUGGAGAAGGAGGCCUUCGCUGCACGCUCGCUGCUCUCCGAGGCACACGCUCUGCGCUGCUGCGCGCACCUGGCGCCGCCAGACGCUGUGCGCGCCGUCUUCCACCACUGGCGCGCCAAGCGCGCCCGCAAGGGCACCGCCCUCUGCCGCCACUUCCAGCUUGCCUUCUCAUUGCACCUGUGCCUCUCCCUCCCUUUCCGCCCCCCCUCCCCCUCCCCCGUGUCAUGCGACGCCCCGCCGCUGCAGCGCGCCCCAUGGGAGGUGUAUCAGGCGCAGGUGACCGAGUGGCAGCGGCAGCUGCAGCUGCUGCACGCCCGCGAGGCCACGCCCCUCGCUCCGUCUCCCACGCCGUGGCCCUCGGGGCAGCCAGCAGGAAGUGCGGAGGCAGCAGCGGAGCAGAGGGCGGGCGAGGGAGCGGGGAUGGGUGGCAUGGUGAGGCAGGGAGAGAGUGGUGUCGGGCUACAGAGGACACCACACAGCCACUCGCAGCAGCAGCAAGAGGAGGGAGGGGAGCAGCAGCAGGAGGGAGGAGCGGGGCGUGCGGUAGCAGGGCAGCAGGGGCAGGUGUCCCCUGGUGCAGCAGCCAGGCACGAGCAGCGUGAUCCCCACGACCAGCACACAUGCAGCAUAGCAGCAGCAGGUGCCGAGGCAGCAGCAGGUUUAUCCACUCCUGCUCUUCCCAGAAGCCCGGCCGCCUCCUCCUCUCCCUUCCCCUCGCCCAUUCCCUUCCGCACGCCCAUCACCCCUGGCCCUGGCAGUGCAGCGCAGCAGCGUGUGCCCGCCAUCCCCCGCCCGCCUCUCUUUGCCUUCUGCCUGCAGCCACGCGCCCACGCGCGCAGGGCCCCCUUCCCCUCGCGCCCGCGCUCCACCAAGCGCGCGCCGCCCUCCGCGGAUCACGUGGCAGGCGCAUGGGGCGGCGCUGCUGCGGAGAGUGCGGAGGGCAGCCCGCGGGUGGUGGGCGUGGCGACGCGUGCAGAGCCGCUCCCCGUGGGCGAGGCGCAGCAGGGGGGGCGGCGAGAGGGCGCGGAGGGGCUGGUGGCGGCCAAAAGGCAGCGUCGCGUGGUGUGCCUCGCAGACCUGGGAGGCGAGGAGGCGGAGGGCAGCAGCAGGGCCGGCUCAGCAGGUGGCUCAGUAGGCGGGGCAGCAGGCGGGGUAGCAGGCGGAGCAGCAGAGUCUUUCCCUGGCGCAGGCCACGAGGGGGGGGUGAGUGCGCUGCGUGGGGACUUAUCUCGCGCGCACCCCUCGUCCGCGCGCCGCUCGCCCACAGCGUGGCCUCGCCUCACCACCACCUCGCCGCGGUCUCCCCUCCCCUUCGCCUUUCGCCUGAGCCUCCGUCUUAGCACACCCCUGGACCCCGCACACUUGGAUGCCUCUCCGCAAGCGCUGCCGCUGGCGCAGCAGCAGGUGUACGGGGGGGGCGAGGGGGGGAUGCGGCAGUUGCUGAGGCAGCAGCAGGCGAGGCACGCAAGGGGGCGGGCUGCGUGGGGCGUGCAGCUGACGGGCAGCGCGGGGGUGAGCGGGGCGGGCGGGGACGAAGCAGCAGCGCCCACGCCACCACACGGCACUGCUGCGGGGCCCCUUGCGUUGCCUGCUGCUGCCUCCGCGCAGCACCAGCUGCCCGGCGCUCCCCUGGUGGCUGCACGGCUGAGCGGCGCCGUUGCACGCGCGGCUUUGGUGGAGGCAGGGGCAGGGCAGCAGUGGGAGCAUGGGAGGGGCGGCAGCAGAGGGGGCGAGGGCGAGUGCGAGGGCGAGGCGGAGCAGGUGAGUGGAGUGGCGGGCGUGCGGUCAGAGCUGCUGUCGCUGGCGCACGCGCGCACGGGCAAUAAGGGUGGCGCACGCUGUGACGUCGCGCACGCAGCAGCAGCAGCAGCAGCUGCUGUGGCGGCGCCAGGGGAGGGCAGGGGUGCAACGCCGAGGGGUGCGGGCGUGGGGCAGUGGGCGCAGUGCAGGGCGGAGGGUAGACCGUCGCCGUUUGGGGUGAGAGGUUCGGCGCAGGCGAGGGCAGGCGCAGGAGGGAGGGGAAGGCGCAGGGCGCGGGCAAUGUGGGUGCUGCAGCAGACACAUCAGCACGUGGGGUGGGCAGGCGAGGCAGCGCGCACACAAGUGGGUGGAGACGGCUCGGUGAGUGGCACAGAGGUGCAGGCAGCAGGUCUCGACGCACACGCUCACGCAGGCAGCAGCAGCGCGGGGGGGAGGCGGGUGGUGGGUGACAGGCUGCCUCGGGCGAGCGGACUAGCGGCGCCUGGCGUGCGUGGCAGUGGUGGCGCCGUGGCAGCAGUUGAUGGGGGGGGCGAGGCACACACCAUAGUGGCCGAGAGUGCAGUGAGCGCACAGGGGCUGGGGUGUGCGGGGCAGGGUGCUCAAGAUGAAGAGUGGCGCGGGGCGGUAGGCAGAGAGGCGCGAGCAGAGAGCGGCGGUGCUGCCGUGAUGAGCGGAGAGGUGGAGGAUGGGGCAGGUGGAGGGGCGGGCAAGGGCACGGUGGUGUACCACCGCAAGCGACAGCGGUCGUGGCGAGCAGCAGGCAGUGGUCGUGGCGAGCCUCACGCGGGCAGCGCCGCUGCCUGGCGCCCUGGCAGGCCCAGCAUGGCCGGCCUGUCCCCUGUCCGCCUGCUCCUGCCUGUGCCCCUCACCCCCGCUCCUUCCCUCCCUGCCUCGCCGCUCCGCCUGCCUCCCCACGUACCAUGGCCUCGUCCCCCUCGCCCUCCUACCGUGCGUCCGUCUGCAGCACGGGACCCAGCAUGGGCAGCCGUCGGCAGUGAGGGGCUGGGGCGAGAGGUGGAAGGGCGAGGGGAGGAGGGGCAAGGGGUGCAGGGGCGAGGGGAGGAGGGGCAAGGGGUGCAGGGGCGAGGGGAGGAGGGGCAAGGGGUGCAGGGGCGAGGGGAGGAGGGGCAAGGGGUGGAGGCGGAGGUGGGGUUGGCGAGAGAAAGGGCGAGGAGUGCAAGGGCGAGGGCAGGUGCAGCGAGGGCGAGGGCAGGUGCAGCGAGGGCGAGGGCGAGCGAGGUGCAGCAGGUGGCUGAUGCGGCGCUGGAGCGCGCCUGCCACUGCCUCGCUCUCCUGCGUGCUGCUCAAGCCCUGCCCACCGCUAUGCCCUCUCCCGUGGCCCCUGCCAUGCCCCCUGCCAUGCGCCCUGUUCCUCCCCACCACCUUGUUGAUGCCGCUCGUCCACCAGCCACUCUGCCAGCCGUCACUGCAGUCCAUGCAUGUGCCCCACCGCCCCUAUCACCUCCUCCUGCUGCUCCUCUUGCGGCUGCGUCCGCUGCUGCUCUUGCUCCUGCUCCUGCUGCUGCUCCUGCUGCUGCUGCUGCGGCUGCCGCUGCCGCUGCAACUGCUUCUGAUGCUGCUGUUGCCGCUGCUCUGGAUUCUGAUGCCGUUCGAGCUGCCUCUCCUGCUGCCUCUCCUGCUGCUGCUGCUUCUCCGUGUCCUGACAGUGCAGCUCCGGGUGAAUGCCUGGACGGGCAUCAUUGCCGUGGGGAGGGUGAAGAGGGUGGGGAGGGUGAAGAGGGUGGGGAGGAUGGCGAGGGUGGGGUGAGGGGCAGUGGGGGAGGUGCUGGGGAUGGUGGAGAGGGGAGUGCAGGGUUGGUGGAUGGUGGGCGGCAGCAUGGCAGCGAGGGUGAUGCAGUGCGGAAUUGUGGCAGCGGGCAGGGUUGUGCUGGGGCGGGGUGUGCAGGAGGGCAUGCAGCAGCUUGUGUGAGUGGCGAUGGGUGGAGAGAAUCAGGUGGGUGUGUGCCCCUGCCGCCUCCUCCAUGUGCCGCUCAACCUCGCCCCCCUGCCACGCCUACCAGCCCGCCUCCCAUGCUGCUGCCUGUGCCGCCAACCGUCCCCCAUCCACAGCAGGCAAGCCCCCCUCUCCCUCCUCCCACAUCGUCUCCUCAGCUCUCCCCCUCACCGCAGCAGCAGCAGCAGCAGCAGCGGGCGGGCAGCAGCCCAGUGGCGCGGAGGCCGUCGUUCCCGUCGCCCUCAUCAGUGGCCAAGCGAGCAGCCGUCACGUACCGCCGCGCUGACGUCACUCUGCGCCGCGCUGACGUCACGCUGGGCGAGGAGGGGUGCGGCGGCUUCAGCCUGCUGCUGCCCUCACCGCACUUCCCUCUGCGCGCUGCCUCCGUCACGCAUGUACCUGCUGACAUCACUCUCCCGCAUGCUGAGGUCACCAUCUCCGAGCCCCUCUGUGGCAGCGAUGGCAGCAGCCGUCGCCCUGCCAGCCCACGGCCAGCGCCCCUCAUGCCCUCCGCCUGCACGCUCGAUUCCCUCCAACCCCCCCGCGCUGCACUUGCCCCCACCCCUUCUCCACCGCUCUCUCAUGAGCGCGAGGGCGAGGGUGGGCAGGGGUGUGGGGAUGUGUGGAGCAUGGGAGGAGGGACGAAGGAGAGUGAAGAGAGCAGCAGGGAAGGAAUGGGCUCGGCGCUGCAUGCAGUAGUUGAGGUGGACGGGGUGGUGGAGGGACGUGGCAGCAUGGGUGUACACGAGCACAUGGCUGGUGGCGGCAGCUGCCAGGCGAGCAGUGAUGCGGCGCGCAUGCAAGUGGAUGGGGUGCAGUGGGGUGGAGGACAGUGGGGCAGCGCAUGUGAAGGAGAGGCGAUGCAGGCAGCAAGUGAAUCAGGUGGAGAUGAGACUAGCGGGGAGGGGCGAGGCAGGCAAAGACUCAGGGAGGAGGGAUGUGGGGGGAAGCUGGGUGUGCACAGGACGUUCGAGGGGGGCAGCAGGUGGGGGAGGACAGGGCAGCUGCCACAUGUCACUGGGGUGGGGGAGAGGGACGCAGCACACGGGUGUGAAGGAGGAGAUGGUGGUAUAGAGGGGGCAGUGAGCAGUGGAGCUGAGUGUGCAGCAGCAGGGCGAGUGGGGAGAGGAGGUGCGGAUGAGGUGUGCGAGGCAAUGCAGGGAGAGCAGUGUGUGCUGCCGGGUGACCCUGCGUGGAGUGGGCAUGGCGGCAUGGGGACGGCGUCGGGUGAUGUGGCGGAGUGUGAGCACGGGAGCCACGCACGCGGGGAUGAGGCGGCUUGCGGGAAUCGUUCAGGGUCGGCAGGUGCGAGGGAGGCUGCCCAUGCGGGGCAGGGUGAGGGCGGUAAGGGCGGGGCAGCUGUGAUGGUGGUGGGGCCGUUGCCACUGCUGCCUGUCCCCGAGGCCCCUUUGCGUGAGCGGUGGAUGGGCUGCGGUGCGCAUGGGUGGAAGGAAGCUCCCACAGCGGUGUUGCAGGGGCAGGCCCAUUCAGGGGAGGUGGGGACAACAGGGGGCUUGGAUGGCAGAGAGGAGGGUGAGAGGCACAGCAGAGUGGGCAGUUGA